AUGGGCUCGGAGGUGCUGCGGACUUUGGGAAGUGGCCCAUUCAUCAAGUGCUUGCACUCUGUGGGACAACCACUGCCCAUGAAGACACCUCCUGUGAACAGCUGGCCUUGCAAUCCUGAGAAGACUAUUAUUACACACAUUCCAGACAACAAUGAGAUCUGUUCAUUUGGUAGUGGCUAUGGUGGCAACUCUCUGCUUGGAAAGAAGUGCUUUGCCCUACGUCUUGGUUCUAUACUGGCACAGAGAGAAGGCUGGCUAGCUGAGCACAUGCUGAUUUUGGGCAUUACAAACCCUAAAGGACAGAAAAAGUACAUUGUUGCUGCCUUCCCUAGUGCCUGUGGGAAAACCAAUCUGGCCAUGAUGACCCCAACCCUCCCUGGCUACAAAGCAGAAUGCGUUGGGGAUGACAUUGCUUGGAUGAAAUUUGAUGAACAAGGUGUACUCAGAGCCAUCAACCCUGAAUAUGGAUUCUUUGGAGUGGCUCCUGGCACUUCCAUGGCUACAAAUCCCAAUGCAAUGAAGACCAUAGAGGAGAACACCAUCUUCACCAAUGUGGCUGAAACAAGUGACGGUGGCUUUUGGUGGGAAGGCAUGCCAGAACCAAGUCCAGGCAUUCGCAUCAAGUCGUGGCGUGGCGAAGACAACUGGACUCGGGCUCACGGCACACCUGCUGCACACCCCAACUCUCGGUUCUGCACUCCUGCUGGCCAGUGUCCCAUCAUAGACCCUGCCUGGGAGGACCCUAAGGGUGUGCCCAUCUCUGCCAUUCUCUUUGGUGGACGCAGGCCUCAAGGUGUUCCAUUGGUCUAUGAAGCUUUCAACUGGCAGCAUGGUGUUUUCAUUGGAUCAGCCAUGAGGUCUGAAGCUACUGCUGCUGCAGAGCAUAAAGGCAAGGUGAUAAUGCAUGACCCAUUUGCCAUGCGACCAUUUUUUGGAUACAACUUCACAAACUACCAAAGGCAUUGGCUGAGCCUUGGUACAGAGGCAGGAAGGAAGCUUCCCAAGAUCUUCCACGUCAACUGGUUCCGCAAAGGCUCUGAUGGAAAAUUCUUGUGGCCUGGCUUUGGUGAAAACAGCCGUGUGAUCGACUGGAUCUGUCGUCGUGUGGAUGGUGAAAAUGGAACUGCUAAGGAAUCUCCCAUUGGCUACCUCCCUUCAGAUGGAGCUUUGAACCUGGAUGGCCUUCAAGAGCCUGUGAACAUGAAGGAGCUGUUUGAUGUGAACAAGGACUUCUGGCUUCAAGAAUGCAGUGAAGUUCGCAAGUACUUCGACGAACAACUUGGCAAGGACCUGCCCAAUGAAAUUUCCCAGGAGCUGGACCAGCUGGAGCAACGGGUGAAGGCUAUGUAGGCUCCAUAAAGCAAUCCCCUCUGUUGUCUCCCCCAUAUCCAAUUUAGCCUUUGUGCCAUGACAAAUCUCCUCAAGCUGCUUCAUGACUGUAGUUGCUAAUAGCCAGUUAAUUACAGGCGCCACAUACGUGAUUAAGGUACGUUACCACUUCGUAUGAUGUACUGUUCAUGAGCAACGUUCAAGUGCCUUUUGGGACCACACCUGAUAUAACGAGCAAUUCCAUUUGGAGAGAAUUUCUACAUGCUCUCCUGGCAGUUUUGCAUGCCAAUGUUUUAAACAGACUAUGUGGUCUAGUCUAUUUCAGAAACUUGUAAAUAAUGUGAAAAUUGUUUUUAUUUAUGAACAUUUUAGCUGUUGGAACAGGUUCUAAUGCCUCCUUGGGCAUUUUCUGGAGAAUAAACUAUUUUUGACGCAGGA